CAAAGUCGUGACCAGCAGGCCAGUCUAAUUUGGCGACUGACGGUCUCCGACCGAAGCAGACCCGUCGAGGACCGUUGUUUACUGCGUAGUCGACCACGAAAAUGCGAAGCGCAUAGAAAUCACCGUACACAGCUACCAUUUCCCUAAAAAGUUUGCACACAGGCAGCUGCAACAAUAUGCGGGUUGCAUUUAUUUAUCGCUGGCUUUUGUGUGGCGCGGCCAUUGUAAAUGUGCUCGUAGCACAAAGGCACACAGCCUCCGAUAAUCCCUCCACAUACAAUAUUGGCGGCGUAUUGAGCAAUUCCGACAGCGAGGAGCAUUUUCGCACAACAAUAGCGCAUUUAAAUUUCGAUCAACAAUAUGUGCCGCGAAAAGUCACCUACUACGAUAAGACAAUACGCAUGGAUAAGAACCCAAUUAAAACCGUGUUCAAUGUCUGCGAUAAGCUCAUCGAGAAACGCGUCUACGCCGUAGUCGUUUCGCAUGAGCAAACCUCAGGCGAUUUGUCGCCGGCAGCUGUGAGUUAUACGAGCGGGUUCUAUUCGAUACCCGUCAUUGGCAUAUCCUCGCGGGAUGCGGCCUUUUCCGACAAGAACAUACACGUCUCCUUUCUGCGCACAGUGCCCCCGUACUAUCAUCAAGCGGACGUUUGGCUCGAGAUGCUCAGUCACUUUCUGUACACGAAGGUAAUCAUCAUUCACAGCUCCGAUACGGACGGACGCGCCAUUUUGGGUCGCUUCCAGACCACAUCGCAGACCUACUACGAUGAUGUCGAUGUACGUGCCACAGUCGAAUUGAUUGUUGAGUUCGAACCAAAACUGGAGAGUUUUACGGAGCAUUUGAUCGAUAUGAAGACAGCACAGUCUCGGGUUUAUCUCAUGUAUGCCAGCACCGAGGACGCUCAAGUGAUAUUCCGCGAUGCUGGCGAAUACAACAUGACCGGCGAAGGUCAUGUGUGGAUUGUGACGGAGCAGGCGCUCCAUGCGAAUAACACGCCCGACGGAGUCCUCGGCCUGCAGCUGGAGCACGCCCACAGCGACAAGGGACACAUUAGGGACAGCGUUUAUGUGCUGGCCUCGGCAAUAAAGGAAAUGAUAUCGAAUGAAACUAUCGCCGAGGCGCCCAAAGAUUGUGGUGACUCCGCUGUCAACUGGGAGUCAGGCAAACGACUCUUUCAGUAUCUUAAAUCCAGGAACAUCACCGGGGAAACGGGUCAAGUGGCCUUCGAUGACAACGGGGAUCGCAUCUAUGCCGGCUACGAUGUGAUCAAUAUACGUGAACAUCAGAAGCAACAUGUUGUCGGCAAGUUUAGCUACGAUAGUCCGCGGGGCAAGAUGCGAAUGCGUAUCAAUGACAGCGAGAUCAUUUGGGGCGGCAAACAGAAGCGCAAGCCGGAGGGCAUCAUGAUACCCACACAUCUCAAGCUCCUCACCAUCGAGGAGAAGCCAUUUGUCUAUGUGCGUCGCAUGGGCGACGACGAGUUCCGCUGUGAACCCGAUGAGCGUCCAUGUCCCUUAUUUAAUGCCAGCGGUGCGACUGCCAACGAGUUCUGCUGUCGUGGAUACUGCAUUGAUCUGCUCAUUGAGCUGUCGAAGCGGAUUAACUUUACCUACGAUCUGGCCCUGUCGCCAGAUGGCCAAUUCGGACACUAUAUCCUGCGGAAUAACUCCGGUGCGAUGACGUUGCGCAAAGAGUGGACGGGUUUGAUUGGCGAGCUGGUCAAUGAACGUGCCGACAUGAUCGUUGCACCACUAACCAUUAAUCCGGAGCGUGCCGAGUAUAUCGAAUUCUCGAAACCAUUCAAAUACCAAGGCAUUACAAUACUCGAGAAGAAACCGUCCCGAUCGAGUACUCUUGUGUCUUUCUUGCAGCCAUUUAGUAACACGCUAUGGAUCUUGGUAAUGGUGUCGGUUCAUGUUGUGGCGCUCGUGCUCUAUCUGCUGGACAGAUUCUCACCGUUUGGACGCUUCAAGCUAUCGCAUUCGGACAGCAAUGAGGAGAAGGCAUUGAAUCUCAGUUCGGCGGUUUGGUUCGCCUGGGGAGUUUUACUCAAUAGCGGCAUUGGUGAGGGGACGCCGCGCAGCUUCUCGGCCCGUGUGUUGGGCAUGGUCUGGGCAGGCUUUGCCAUGAUCAUUGUCGCCUCGUACACGGCCAACUUGGCCGCCUUCCUCGUGCUGGAGCGGCCCAAGACGAAGCUGAGCGGCAUCAAUGAUGCCCGUCUGCGCAACACAAUGGAAAAUUUGACCUGUGCAACGGUCAAGGGUUCAUCGGUGGACAUGUACUUUCGACGCCAGGUGGAACUGUCCAAUAUGUAUCGUACCAUGGAGUCCAAUAACUAUGUCACUGCUGAGCAGGCCAUUCAGGAUGUGAAGAAGGGCAAACUGAUGGCUUUUAUUUGGGAUUCAUCCCGUCUCGAAUACGAGGCCUCCAAGGAUUGUGAACUGGUUACCGCUGGUGAGCUAUUUGGACGCAGCGGCUAUGGGAUUGGACUGCAGAAGGGUUCGCCCUGGACGGAUGCUGUCACGCUGGCCAUACUCGAGUUCCAUGAGAGUGGAUUCAUGGAGAAGCUGGAUAAGCAGUGGAUCUUCCAUGGACAUGUGCAGCAGAACUGUGAGCUGUUUGAGAAGACGCCCAACACGCUGGGACUGAAGAAUAUGGCGGGCGUUUUUAUAUUGGUUGGUGUGGGCAUAGCCGGCGGCGUGGGACUCAUCAUCAUCGAGGUCAUCUACAAGAAGCAUCAGGUGAAGAAGCAGAAGCGUUUGGAUAUAGCACGCCACGCAGCCGACAAAUGGCGUGGCACCAUUGAGAAACGGAAAACGAUUCGCGCCUCGCUGGCCAUGCAGCGACAGUAUAAUGUGGGUCUAAUGGCCACACAUGCGCCCGGAACGAUUAGCCUGGCGGUGGACAAGCGACGCUAUCCACGUCUGGGACAGCGCCUGGGACCGGAACGCGCCUGGCCGGGAGAUGGGGCCGAUGUGCUGCGCAUACGGCGGCCCUAUGAUCUGGGCAAGGGUGGUCUGACCGCAUCGCAGCUGGGAUUGGGCAAGACGCGUCCACAACAGAAUCCAUUGCCACCGCGUUACUCGCCUGGUUAUACCAGCGAUGUCUCGCACUUGGUCGUCUAAGUUAACAUUUUUGGAAACCAAAGAUAGUAAAAUAUAUACACCCACACACAUCUAUGUAUAUGUAUACAUAUAU